AUGGAGUGGCAGUGGCUAAAGGACUGGUGGCGUUUAAAAUUAUGGAGAAACAAUAAAGAGAAAGAACAGAAUGUAGAUGACUUCUGUUAUUGUGAUGAUUGUUUACCAGAUGGCGAAUUGGAUCUCUGCGAGUCUCUGGAGGCCCACUGCGAUGGCGGUGGCAAGAAAGUGGUGGUCGGCGUAUGCGCCAUGGCCAAGAAGUCGCAGUCGAAGCCAAUGAAGGAAAUACUUACACGUCUUGAUGAGUUUGAAUACAUCAAGAUGCUUGUUUUCCCUGAGGAGGUUAUCCUUAAGAAACCAGUUGAGGAGUGGCCGAUCUGUGAUUGUCUAAUUUCCUUCCACUCAAAAGGCUUUCCCCUUGACAAAGCUAUUCAAUAUGAGAAGUUAAGGAAGCCAUAUGUUAUAAACAAUUUGCACAUGCAAUAUGAUAUACAGGACCGUAGAAGAGUUUACGCCAUAUUGGAGGGCGAAGGCAUUGAGAUUCCCCGUUACGCGGUGCUAGACAGGGAUUCGCCCGAUCCGAAGCAUCACGAGUUAGUGGAAUCGGAGGAUCACGUCGAGGUGAACGGUGUUGUGUUCAACAAGCCCUUCGUGGAAAAACCGGUGUCGGCGGAAGACCACAAUAUUUACAUUUACUAUCCGACCUCGGCGGGUGGCGGCAGUCAGCGGCUGUUUAGGAAGAUUGGUAGUCGCAGUAGUAUCUAUUCGCCAGAGUCUAGAGUACGCAAGACUGGUUCAUUCAUAUAUGAGGACUUUAUGCCCACUGAUGGUACCGACGUGAAGGUAUACACGGUGGGUCCGGACUACGCGCACGCGGAGGCGCGCAAGAGCCCCGCCCUGGACGGCAAGGUGGAGCGCGACUCCGAGGGCAAGGAGAUCCGCUACCCGGUCAUCCUCUCCAACCAGGAGAAGCUGAUAUCGCGCAAAGUGUGCCUCGCCUUCAAGCAGACCGUGUGCGGUUUCGACCUGUUGAGGGCGAACGGCAAGUCGUUCGUGUGCGACGUGAACGGCUUCUCGUUCGUGAAGAACUCGAACAAGUACUACGACGACUGCGCGAAGAUCCUCGGCAACAUGAUACUGCGCGAGCUGGCGCCGACCCUGCACAUACCGUGGUCGGUGCCCUUCCAGCUGGACGACCCGCCGAUCGUGCCCACCACCUUCGGCAAGAUGAUGGAGCUGCGCUGCGUCGUGGGCGUCAUCCGCCACGGGGACCGCACGCCCAAGCAGAAGAUGAAGGUCGAGGUGCGCCACCCGAGGUUCUUCGAAAUAUUCGAGAAGUACGAGGGCUUCAAGCGGGGCCACGUGAAGCUGAAGCGGCCGAAACAGCUGCAGGAGAUCCUGGACAUCGCGCGCGCCCUCCUGGCCGACAUACACACGCGCCACGCCGACCCCGAGAUCGAAGAGAAGCAGGGCAAACUGGAACAGCUCAAGAGCGUACUGGAGAUGUACGGCCACUUCUCUGGUAUCAAUCGCAAAGUGCAAAUGAAGUACCAGCCGCGCGGCCGGCCGCGUGGUUCCAGUUCCGACGACGGUAACCCGCCUGCGCACGCCGGCAGCGGCGGGGAGCCGUCGCUGGUGCUGAUACUGAAGUGGGGCGGCGAGCUGACCCCCGCCGGCCGCAUCCAGGCCGAGGAGCUGGGCCGCAUGUUCCGCUGCAUGUACCCCGGGGGACAGGGGCGCCACAUACCCGGCGAAGGCGGCACCCAGGGGCUGGGCCUGCUGCGCCUGCACUCGACGUUCCGCCACGACCUGAAGAUCUACGCGUCGGACGAGGGCCGCGUGCAGAUGACGGCGGCGGCCUUCGCCAAGGGGCUGCUGGCGCUGGAGGGCGAGCUCACGCCCAUACUGGUGCAGAUGGUCAAGUCGGCGAACACCAACGGGCUGCUCGACAACGACUGCGACUCCUCCAAAGUGCAGAACAUGGCGAAGGCGCGGCUGCACGACGCGAUGCAGGUGGACCGCGAGUUCAGCGAGGAGGAGCGGCUGCUGAUCAACCCGUGCGGCUCGCUGAGCAUCAGCGCCGCGAUGCAGCUGGUCAGCAACCCGGUGCGCUGCUGCGCGCACGUGCACUCGCUCAUACGCAGCCUCGUGCACAUCGUGCUCACCAAGAAGGACGACCCCAAGACCAAAGACACGAUACUGUAUCACGGCGAAACGUGGGAGCUGAUGGGGCGCCGCUGGGGCAAGAUCGAGAAGGACUUCUGCACGAAGAACAAGACAUACGACAUAUCGAAGAUCCCGGACAUCUACGACUGCAUCAAGUACGACCUGCAGCACAACCAGCACACGCUGCAGUUCGACCAGGCAGAGGAGUUGUACAUGUACGCCAAGUAUCUGGCUGACAUCGUCAUACCACAAGAAUACGGCCUCACAAUGCAAGAGAAGCUGACCAUCGGGCAGGGCAUUUGCACGCCGCUUCUGAAGAAAAUCCGAGCGGACUUGCAGAGAAACAUUGAGGAAUCCGGCGAGGAGACGGUCAACAGAUUAAAUCCGAGGUACAGUCACGGCGUGUCGAGUCCGGGCAGACACGUGCGCACGCGACUGUACUUCACGAGCGAGAGCCACGUGCACUCGCUGCUCACCGUGCUGCGGUUCGGCGGCCUGCUGGACGUCCUGAAAGACGAGCAAUGGCGCCGCGCGAUGGAGUACGUGUCGAUGGUGUCUGAGCUGAACUACAUGUCCCAGAUCGUGGUCAUGCUGUACGAGGAUCCGACGAAGGACCCAUGCUCCGAAGAGAGGUUCCACGUGGAGCUGCACUUCAGCCCGGGCGUGAACUGCUGCGUGCAGAAGAACCUGCCGCCGGGGCCCGGCUUCAGGCCGCACAGCCGCAACCACUCCACCACCAACAACUCGAGCUCCUCCGACGAGGUUAAGUGCAUCGAGGAGGAAGGAGAAGACGACCAGAUGGCCAGCCAGGAGACACUCCAACCGGAUCGCAUGGAUGAUAUGGAUAACACUUUCUUGCCCAAAAACUCAUCUAAAUGUAAAUUGAGACCUUCAGACCCCAUACCUAUAUGCAACCUGCACUACACCGUGAGCGGCCACGAGGCGUCCACGUUGGCGGCGCGCCUCAACGAGGAGUUGCGCGCGCGGAGCCACACGCCCACCGAAGUGCGGGAACAUGCGCAGAGCGAAGAAAAGGAAUCGAAAGAUUCCGACGAGCCGCAGCCGCGUGCCCGUAGCUACGACCAGCACAAGCAGAACCACGACAAUGGUAAGUCCCCGUGCGAUCGAACUUUGACGUCUGAUGGCGGGCGC